AUGCCGGCGCUCGAAGUCUUUGGGCGCCGCAGCCGCGUCGUCAGCAGCGACGACCUGUACUGCCCCGCACUGUUUCUGCUCUUCUACCACGUACCGCUCGUGCUCGUGUGCGUGCUGUACGUGACUGUAUGGCGCAGCUGCUCGUCCACGGCGCUGGACAAGACGGGGCUGCCGCUGUGGUAUCUGCUGGGCGCGACGCCGCUGCUGUUCUUCCGCGGGUGUACCUACCUCAUGAUCAUGCACGUGUCGAUGCGAGGGACGAUCGUGCACCACGAGCGCCGCGUGCUGAUGCCACGAAUGCUGCAAGUGCACACGCUCUGGUCGCUGGUGCUGGCAGCGUACGGACUGGUGGGGCUCGGGAGCUGGUACGCGUGCGACAUGUGUCGUCCAGAUGCUCGUUAUGUAUUGGCAGUUGGAGGGCUCGUGCUGGUGGAAGUGGGCUUUACGUUCUCGCUCGGAGUGUGUAUCAUGAGCGACGUGCGGCCGGAAGACGCGAUCGUUCGAGGAAAACCGCCGUCAGUGACGAGUGCAUUCGACUCGCACGGUAACGCUCUUGACCCCGAACGUCAGUCGCUGUUGGAUGAGGUAGACCACGCCGUGCGAACCUCGGACGUGUACGUGCCACACAGUCAGAGGCUGUGGAAGCAACGGUGCACACGUUGCUGCAUGUGUCUGCGCUGCUUUACGUGCAACUUGUUUGGUGGAGCUGGCACUCGGCAUGACAGCAUGUCCUUGGUGGCAAAAGUGUUCUCGAGGUUGUUUUACGGCAGUCCAGACCUUGUGAUAUCGGACAUUGUAGCUGGCUUUGUGCUCCUGGCAGCUGUUCAGGCGUACGAAGAUCAUCAAGAGGUGAUGGCUACGUCACCGCAUCGAAAAAGCGAAGAAGGAGAGGAGACGCUUGGUCAAAUGCGUGCUAGAAUUCGCGCUAGGCCGGACAAGAUGAACUUCGACUUGCUUGACGACCGAGCUGUGGGCAGUGGAAAAUCUGCUGCAGCGACGACGUCAGCGAGUAGUGCGUCGAUGGUAUCGACGACGUCAGAGCGUUUGGCGAUGAACGGUAGCAGUGCAGACCGGUUCGUCUCCAUCGACAUUCCUUCCUCUCUUGAAUCCCAGCAACAACCGCGCGAUGAGUCCGGAAAGCCGAUCAGGCCCUUUUACUACCAUCCGACAGAUCCUCACCUCAAUGACGUGGAGCUGACGGAUACGUUGAAGGAGUUGGCGCACUUUUCGAAGUAUGCUAUUGGCAUCUAUGGUUGGAUGCUGUUUGUAUGGUCUCAUCCAUGGAGCGGCACGUUCCGACUGGCGUUCUCGUUUCUUCGUCGCAACUUGGGGUGGGUACACGGUGACAACUGGUUUCACCUCAGCCAGACGGCACUGCAGCUGGAAACAAAGGUGCACAGCGACGACAUCGUGUACGCGAGUUUCCGCAAUUCGGUGUACCAGCCAGCAUUUGCAGUGAUGCUGGACCACGCGCGUAAGGAGGUUGUCAUCGCCAUCCGUGGCACGUUAUCGUUGGAAGACUGCCUCACCGACGCCAUCGCAUACGGCAUGUCGACGAACGACGUGUCUGACCGGUGGGGAUGUGAUGGUAUUGGCGAGUAUGCCCACCAGGGCUUUCUCACGUGUGCCGAGUCAGUGUACUUGGAGCUCAACCGUCUCAGGGUCCUUGAAAUGCUCUUUGAUGAGAAAUCCACUGCGGCCAUUGCCACCAACGAGGUCAACGCAUGCGAUCGUGGUGCGUAUCGUGACUACGGCCUCGUGGUUACCGGUCACUCGCUUGGAGCAGGCACGGCAGUUCUGCUAGCCGUUUUGCUUCGCUCCAAGUACCCGCAACUUCGUUGCUUUGCGUAUAGCCCUCCGGGUUGCACAAUGUCUCCCGGGCUUGCUGCUCGUUGUUCCGCCUUCACCGUCUCCGUCGUUGUGGGUGACGACAUCAUUGCUCGGUCGUCGAUCACAUCAGCUGAGAUACUGCGGGAUAACGUUCUCGACUUGAUCGGGAGGAGCAAGGUGAGCAAAGCGACUAUCCUUCGACAAGUCGUUUCUUGGCGGAACCCAGGUGAGCUACUUCACGGAAGCUUGGACGAGCACUCUGCAUUCGACGAUGAAGGAACAGGCAGCGAUGUGGCCAGAGUACGCUCGCCGUUCAUAGCGCAUUUGUCCAGUUAUCGCACGAUGCUGCAACGCAUUCAAGAAUCCGAACCGAUUCAUGAGAUGACCAUCCCUGGACGUGUAGUGCAUCUCAAGCGAGUCGUAGACGCCAAAGAGGUGGCUGGGUGCUGGGUUUGUUGCCGUCCUGGAGGCGGCGGUGUAUGCUGCACCGCACGCACGCAUUAUCGGUUCGGUUGGGCUGUUGAGGGUCAGUUUAAACAGAUUCGCAUUGGACGAACAAUGCUGGACGAUCACUUCCCGGACAAAGUACAUUACGUGCUCCAAGACUGCGUGGAGCGCUUGCGUGGGAACUAG